AUGCAUGUCUGUCAAGCAGGGUUAUCAGCAUGGGGCGGCUACCAGUCCUACAUCGCCAUCACCAACCUGCGGAAGUACGAGGAGACGACGAAGAAGCUGGCUAAGUGGUCCAACACGGUCGAGGAGCAGCUUCAUAAGACGCGGACGACGCAGGGCGCUGGUGCUGUAGCUAUCCUCCUCUCCUUCAUCGCUGCUACCACCCUGGCAAGUGUCGGCGCCCGAUUGAACCCUUGGGUUCGGUUUGGCAUCUCGCCUGUCAUGUUACUCACAGUCUUGUUUGCUCGCGGGCAUAUCAAGAACUUCUGGGCGCCUGGUGACAGCAAGACGGUAGGCACCCGUAUUCCUCUUCCGAACAUGGAGGACUACAACGAAGCGCAGCGGCGCACCGAGGAAGUACUGGGGACGCUCGAAUACCUAGAGUACGGGUGGGUAGCUACGACGUUCAUUGCCGGCAUGCUUGGCUAUUCGUAA